GAGGGCGGGUUUGAAGGGAACUGGGUGUUGACCCGCGGGCAACUGACGCUGUUGUCAGAUUACACCCGAGACGGCGCGGGUCUCGGGCGUUCUGGAGACACGUAGGGGUGAAUUUAUGUUUCCGCCGAUUGCAUCUGGAGGGGUGUGUAAGACUCUGUGGCUGAAGAAAGCUAUUACGCUUCUUAUGUGGGUCAUUAUUUAAAAAAUAGCAUUUCGGUUUUAUCUGCUUGACUGCCUCAUCUCAACAAAUUUUAAGCCCGCCUCUACAUGUGUUUGGUUUUGCCCUACCAGCUCUGGGGUUGGGGAGUGCACUGUUAUGGUUAUUGUUGCUCCUGUGGCCAUUCUCUUGUCAUCCCCACUUUCACAUUUUGGCGUGGUGUAUUAAUAGACUGAGUGGGAUUAACGGGUAAAUAUGAUUUUAUAGUCAGCUCUAAUCCUGGAUUCAAUAUCAGAAUUUAGAUUUUCAGCUUUGUGGAUGUUCGACAUUUUAAAAACAGUUCUUUGCAAAGAGGUGAAAAUUUUGUUCUGAAGUCUUAAGGACACAGAGAAAGUUUUUCCUUCCAUAAGUGUGGGACUUGUUUUGUGACCAACAAUAUGAAAGGCUCUGAGGUCAGCUUGGAGAAGAAAAAAAGGAUUAAGAUGCCAGCGAAGAGACUUCGUGAGGUAGUUUCUCAAAAUCAUGGAGAUCAUUUGGUUUUGCUGAAAGAUGAGUUGCCCUGUGUUCCUCCGGCAUUGUCUGCAAAUAAACGUCUUCCUGUUGGAACGGGGACUAGCUUGAAUGGAACAUCACGUGGUUCAUCAGACUUAACUUCUGCUAGAAAUUGUCACCAGCCUCUAUUAGAAAAUCCCAUGGUGUCAGAAAGUGAUUUUUCUAAAGACGUUGCAGUGCAAGUGUUGCCUUUGGAUAAAAUAGAAGAGAACAACAAACAAAAAGCAAAUGACAUCUUCAUUUCUCAGUAUACAAUGGGACAGAAAGAUGCUCUAAGAACAGUUUUAAAGCAAAAAGCUCAAAGCAUGCCUGUUUUUAAGGAAGUAAAGGUACAUCUGUUAGAAGAUGCAGGCAUAGAGAAGGAUGCUGUUACUCAGGAGACUAGAAUUUCACCCAGUGGAAUUGAUUCAGCUACAACCGUGGCUGCAGCAACUGCUGCUGCCAUUGCAACCGCAGCUCCAUUGAUAAAGGUGCAGAGUGAUUUGGAAGCAAAAGUCAAUUCUGUUACAGAAUUACUUAGUAAGUUACAGGAGACUGACAAACACCUACAACGUGUUACAGAGCAGCAAACAAGCAUUCAGAGGAAACAAGAGAAACUACAUUGUCAUGAUCACGAAAAGCAAAUGAAUGUGUUUAUGGAGCAGCACAUAAGGCAUCUUGAAAAAUUACAGCAACAACAAAUAGAUAUUCAGACUCAUUUUAUUAGUGCUGCACUCAAGACUAGUAGUUUUCAACCUGUUAGUAUGCCCUCCUCCAGAGCAGUGGAAGAGUAUUCUGUAAAACCAGAACACCCUAAUCUUGGUAGCUGUAAUCCAUCUUUAUAUAACACAUUUGCUUCCAAACAAGCACCUUUAAAAGAAGUUGAAGAUACGAGUUUUGAUAAACAGAAAUCUCCUUUGGAGACACCAGCACCUCGCAGAUUUGCUCCUGUACCUGUUUCAAGGGAUGAUGAACUAUCAAAGAGGGAAAAUCUUUUGGAAGAAAAAGAAAAUAUGGAAGUGUCGUGUCACAGAGGAAAUGUAAGACUAUUGGAACAAAUUUUGAAUAAUAAUGAUUCUUUGACAAGAAAAAGUGAAUCAUCAAACACCACCUCACUAACUAGGUCAAAAAUAGGAUGGACUCCUGAGAAAACAAACAGCGUUGAAACUCUGCCUUCUCAAAGAUUUCCUUCCUGUGAAGAGCUAGAAACAACUAAAGUGACUAUGCGGAAGUCUGAUGAUGUUCUUCAUGACCUUGGCCAAAAGGAGCAGGAAACAAAUAGCAUGGUCCAGCCAAAAGAAUCUCUGAGUAUGUUGAAGCUUCCAGAUCUUCCACAGAAUUCUGUUAAGCUUCAAACAACCAAUACAACAAGAUCUGUAUUGAAAGAUGCUGAGAAGAUUUUGAGAGGAGUACAAAACAAUAAAAAACUACUUGAAGAAAACCUGGAAGCUAUUAUUCGUGCAAAAGAUGGAGCUGCCAUGUAUUCGCUUAUCAAUGCUUUAUCUACCAACAGAGAGAUGUCAGAGAAAAUUAGGAUCAGAAAGACAGUGGAUGAAUGGAUUAAAACUAUUUCUGCAGAAAUUCAGGAUGAACUGUCAAGAACGGAUUAUGAACAAAAAAGAUUUGAUCAGAAGAAUCAGAGAACCAAGAAAGGUCAGAAUAUGACUAAAGAUAUUAGAACCAACACACAAGAUAAAACUGUAAACAAAUCUGUAAUUCCAAGAAAACAUUCUCAAAAGCAAAUAGAAGAGCAUUUUAGAAAUCUACCUAUGAGGGGCAUGCCUGCUUCAAGUUUACAGAAAGAGAGAAAGGAGGGGCUUUUGAAAGCAACCCCAGUAAUACAAGAUGAAGAUUAUAUGUUACAAGUCUAUGGAAAGCCAGUUUAUCAGGGCCAUCGAAGCACUCUUAAAAAAGGACCAUAUCUCAGAUUUAAUUCUCCAUCUCCUAAGUCCAGACCACAGAGACCAAAAGUAAUAGAACGAGUUAAAGGCACUAAGGUAAAGUCAAUAAGAACACAGACUGACUUCUAUGCAACGAAACCUAUGAAGAUGGAUUCUAAAAUGAAACAUUCCAUUCCUGUGUUACCUCAUGGCGAUCAGCAGUAUUUGUUCAGCCCAAGUAGAGAAAUGCCUACAUUUUCAGGUACACUGGAAGGUCAUCUGAUUCCUAUGGCAAUUCUUUUAGGACAAACCCAAAGUAAUAGUGAUACCAUGCCACCUGCUGGAGUGAUUGUCAGCAAGCCACACCCUGUAACUGUGACUACUUCUAUUCCUCCAUCAUCUCGAAAAGUAGAAACUGGAGUAAAGAAACCUAACAUAGCCAUUGUAGAAAUGAAGUCAGAAAAAAAGGAUCCUCCUCAGCUUACUGUACAGGUAUUACCCAGUGUAGAUAUUGACAGCAUUUCAAAUGGUAGCGCUGAUGUCCUUUCACCUCUGUCUAGUCCCAAAGAAGCAUCUCUUCCUCCUGUGCAAACUUGGAUAAAGACUCCAGAAGUUAUGAAGGUAGAUGAAGAAGAGGUGAAGUUUCCAGGAACUAACUUUGAUGAAAUAAUCGAUGUCAUACAGGAAGAGGAAAAAUGUGAUGAAAUUCCAGACUCUGAACCAAUUCUGGAGUUUAACAGAAGUGUUAAAGCUGAUUCUACAAAAUAUAAUGGUCCUCCAUUUCCGCCAGUUGCUUCUACUUUUCAGCCCACUGCCGAUAUUCUGGAUAAAGUAAUUGAGAGAAAAGAAACACUGGAAAAUAGCUUAAUUCAAUGCUUUUAUCUGUCCCACCAUCCCCUCAGGGUAGAGCAAGAAAUAAUGUCAAGAAUUAUCUCUGGGCUCUUUCCAAUCCAGCAACAGAUUGCACCUAAUAUCAGUGUUUCAGUCAGUGAGACAAGUGAACCACUGACUUCUGACAUUGUGGAAGGAACAAGCAGUGGCGCCCUCCAGCUUUUUGUUGAUGCUGGUGUUCCUGUGAACUCAGACGUGAUUAACCGUUUUGUGAAUGAAGCUCUUGCUGAGACCAUUGCUGUCAUGCUGGGUGACAGAGAAGCAAAGAAGCAAGGUCCUGUUGCUACAGGUGUUUCUGGGGAUGCUUCAACAAAUGAAACAUAUUUGCCGGCAAGAGUGUGCACCCCACUGGCUACCCCACAGCCUACGCCUCCUCGCUCACCUUCACCUACUAAGGAGUGUGUUUUGGUAAAGACUCCAGAUUCUUCUCCCUGUGAUUCGGAUCAUGAUAUGGCUUUUCCUGUGAAAGAAAUAUGUGCUGAAAAAGGAGAUGAUAUGCCUGCCAUCAUGCUUGUUAAUACUCCAACAGUUACCCCUACUACUACACCUCCUCCAGCGGCGGCAGUUUUUACCCCAACUUUGUCAGAUAUUUCCAUUGAUAAAUUGAAGGUAUCAAGCCCAGAGCUUCCCAAACCAUGGGGUGAUGGAGACCUGCCACUGGAAGAAGAGAACCCUAACUCACCUCAAGAAGAACUUCAUCCAAGAGCUAUUGUAAUGUCUGUGGCUAAGGAUGAAGAACCAGAGAGUAUGGAUUUCCCUGCUCAGCCUCCACCUCCAGAGCCAGUUCCCUUUAUGCCAUUUCCUGCCGGCACCAAGGCGCCUUCCCCCUCACAGAUGCCAGGUUCUGAUUCAUCAACACUGGAGAGCACACUGAGUGUUACUGUCACUGAAACUGAAACUUUAGAUAAACCCAUCUCUGAAGGAGAGAUUUUAUUUAGCUGUGGUCAAAAAUUGGCCCCCAAGAUUUUAGAAGAUGUGGGACUGUACCUGACAAACCUUAAUGAUAGCUUAUCCAGCACUCUGCAUGAUGCCGUUGAAAUGGAGGAUGAUCCUCCUAGUGAAGGGCAAGUGAUUAGGAUGUCCCAUAAAAAAUUUCAUGCAGAUGCAAUUCUUUCUUUUGCUAAACAAAACCAGGAGUCUACAGUUUCCCAGCAAGCAGUCUAUCAUUCAGAGGACUUGGAAAACAGUGUGGGUGAACUUAGUGAAGGACAAAGACCCCAGCUAACAGCGGCAGCAGAGAGCAUCUUAAUGGGACAUUCUCUCUAUAUGCAGCCAUCUGUCACUAAUGCACAGUCUUUGGAUCAACAAUGUGAUCCUAAACCAUUAUCUCGGCAAUUUGACACAGUUUCAGGUAGUAUUUAUGAAGAUUCAUGUGCUAGUCAUGGUCCAAUGAGUUUGGGAGAAUUGGAGUUGGAGCCAAAUUGUAACCUGGUUCUUCCCUCAACACUUCUGACAGCACAAGAAAAUGAUGUUAAUUUACCAGUAGCCGCUGAAGAUUUUCCGCAGUACCAACAAAAGCAAAAUCAGGAUGUUAAGCAAGUUGAACACAAACCAUCACAAAGUUACCUACAUGUUAGAGAUAAAUCUGAUAUUGCACCUUCACAGCAACAAGAUUUUGUGGGUUUUAUUAUUUUUUUUCUCUGAUGAAACUCUGCCAAAUGUUCCAGAAAAUAGAAGUCAGAGUGCCAAAAUAAUUCUCUGGAGCUCUCAGGACUUUGGGUGACCUUGAAGGAAUUCAGUCCUCUCAUACAUAGAAACCUUGAAGAUAAUGAAGGAAAUUCACCUUACCACAAGGGAAUUAAAACCACAUCUUUUCUAGCAGAUAAAUGCUUCCAAGAAUACUAGAACCCCAAAUUUUGGCUAUUUCAGGGGGAAGUAUCAUGUAUUUCACUUGAAAUGUGUAGUAGUUUAAUAUAUGUCUAUAAAGAAAGAAGCAGUAGCAGCUGUUUUAAUGAUCACCCAUUAAAAAUUAACUGAAGAAUGGUAGGACACAGACUCCAGCACCGUAUUGCUAGGAACUUAGUAAAGUACUUAGUUUUUUUCCCCUUUGAUUAUUACUUUCAGAUUUUAAUAUAAAAGGGAGGAAUUCAUUGUUCUGACAAACGGUAUCUUUGGAGCCUUUAAGAGUAAAACCUUUUUAUUUGGUAUUGAAUUUAUUGUGUCUAUCUUUGACCACGUGAUACCACUUAUCUGAUUCUAUGUACUGAUUAAUGUAUCUAACAGUUUUAUAGUGAAAGUACUUUUUAAAAAAGUAUUUUAAUGGUCAUUUCUAUUUUUCCCCCUUUGCUGUGCAAGUUAAUUUUUACUCAUCUUUUGCUAUACAAGUUAACUUUCAUCAAUACAAAUGAGAGGCUAGUUUUAAGUCAAUUUAUUUGUGAUGAUCCCAGGAACAAUUAAGUUCUAUAAAGUAAUGUAUUAAAAUAGUACACUUUAAAAAUUAUUUUCCUUCUUUUUUUCUCUUUAAAUUUUAAGACCAUCAUAAUAAAUUAUCAUUACAAAGUCAAACAUACUAUAUACUACACUAUCAGUCGAUGGGGAAAAAAUAAGUCAUAUGUUUUAUGGUAAAAUGCUAUGAUAGAUUGGAUUGUCAAAUUUGCUUGAAAAAAAUCACAGCAGUUUUCAGUUUUUCUUAUUUGUAGAUUACACAUGUUACUCAGAAAAUAAGUAUCAAAGUGCUGAAAGUAAUAGGUGUAAUUGCUGUUAUUUGUCAAAAUCAGUUUACAUUUUUGUGGGAAAUACAGAAUCACAAAUAUUUCUUUCUGGCAUUAUGUCCUGAGGUAAAUUCUAGAAAAUUUAGCACCUUUUAUACUCAUAUAGCUGUGAUGAUGACUUUAAAUAUGUGAGCAUUAGGAAAUUCAAAGCUUAUAUAUUCUUAGAAGCUAAUUUUGACCACGUGCGCAAAUAAUUUUUCUUUUUUAGUAGAAUGGUGCAUUUUUUUCCUUUGUAUUUGAAAUUUAGCUAAAUUACAAUAGCUAUCAGAACUACAAUUGACCUUAGUAAUUUCAAAACCAUAGUUAAAAUGGUUUUAAGUUGAUUUUUAAAAAUCUUAAGAUAUGAUAGGGAUUUCAAAACUAUGUGUGUGGGUCUCUGAUAGGGAGGGGUGGGGGCACAGACUAAUAAGUGUGCCAAAAAUCUGUGAAUCCAAAUGUGUAACAAGCAUUGUCUGAAUAAAUGUUCACAAAUCCAUGCUAUUAUUGAUUAACAAAAAAUAAAUUCACUUUGAAAUGUUGCUGAAUUUGGGAGUUUUGUUUCCACCUAGGAUGAGGAAAUUGGAAAGUGUCACUUUCACCCUAACCAUAAUAAAAUGUCAGAUAAACUACAAAAUCAUUAACAUUUCUUGAACCCAUCAGAGAGCUUCUGAUGCAGAGCAAUUAAGUAGCCUAAAGUCCAAGGAAAGAGAGACUCCUCCAAAAAGAGGUGAGACACAAGCACUGUCUCACUUGUGACAGAGCGUGGUUACAGGAAGACACCAGGCACCAAUCAAGCAGAUAAGAAGUAUUUGGUUAAACUUUUUAAGUGGGUUUCUAAAGGCCAAGUAUAGAACCAUUGGUAGUCACAGAUACAAGUGGAGUUCACACCCACAUGUAGGCAUCUUCUGCACAGACCUCUAGAGAAAGAUUGUUGGGAAAGGCAGAGAGUCUCUCUCACUGGUGCAGGCCUGAAUGAGGGGAGUGGCUGUCACUGCCAGAAAGACAGGAUGCCCCACUUUGACCCUUCUCCUUUAAGAACAAAAGCCUUAAGCCACUGAGGAAGGGGCAACACAUCGUUAUUUCCAGGGUAUAGGUGAAAACCUCUUGUGGCUGGGGGAAGGGUAAAGAUAAAAAAGAAUCCACUCCUGGCAGAGAAGAAGGAAAUAGUCUUGGUCCCACAAUCUUUUAUUAGCACUAUUAGAAGUUUCUUAUUGUUGGGAGAGUGGUUGGAAACUGUCCUGUACAAAAUUUGCCAAAGGGACAAGGCAGAAUUUAAAAUGUCAGUUCCCUCCAAAUUGAUCUAUAGAUUGAGUGCAAUCUCAAAAACAUUGCAGCAGGGAUUUCUGGGUAGAAGUUGACAAGCUGAAUCUAAAACUCAUAAGAAAAUGCAGAGGACCUAGAAUAGCCAAAAUAACUUUUAAAAAGAAAAAUAAAGUUGGAAGAUUAUACUAUAUAACUCUAAGACUUAUUAUAAAGCUACAGUAAUCAGGACAGUGGGAUAUUGGCAUAAAUAUCAAUAGGAUAGAAUAGAGAAUUCAAAAAAAAAGUCCACGCAUUUAUGAUCAGUUGAUCAAUUGAUUUUUACAAAUGGGAAAGACAAUUCAAUGGAGAAAGGAUAAUCUUUUCAACAAAUGGUGUUUGGACAGAGCUCAUCUAUAUACAGAAAAAAAGAACCUCAAUCUAUAUUUCACAAACACACAAAAAUGAGCUAAAAAAUGGAUCAUAGAUCUAAAUGUAAAGCCUAAAACUACAAAACUUCUAGAAGAAAAUAUAGGAGGAAAAUGUUUCUUUGUGACCUUUGGUUGGGCAAAGAUUUCUAAGAUAUUGCAGAAACUAUUGAUAAUUGGACUUAAUCAAAAUAAAAAUUUCUCUUCUUCAAAAGACAGUGUUAAGAGAAUGAAAAAGGACAAAUCAUAGACUGGAAGAAAAUAUUUGCAAAUUUGCUUUCUGAUGAAGCAGUUAUGUCCAGAAUAUAUUUUUAAACCUUACGAAACUCAACACUAGGAAAACAAACAACCCAAUUUUUAAAAUGGAUAAAAGAUUUGAACAGAUACUUCACCAAAAAAGAUACUUGGAUGGCAAAUAAGCACAUGGAAAAUUGUUCAACAUCAUUAGUAAUUGGGAAGAUGCAAAUUAAAAAUUAAAUACCACUGAAUACCCAUUAGGUUGACUAAAAUCAAGGAAACUGAUACUACCAUGUGUUGGUGAGGAUAUAGAUCAAUUCUAAUUCUUAUACAUUGCUGGUGGGAAUGCAGAAUGCAACUUGCACCUUGGAAAACUGUUUGACAGUUUCUUAUAAAAUUAAACAUAAAUUUACCAUAUGACUCAGCAGUCCAUUUCCUAUGUAUUCAUGCAAGAUAAAUGAAAACUUAUUUUCACACAAAACCUGUACUCAAAACUUUUUUAGCAGUUUCUUUUAUAAUUACCCAAAACUGGAAUCAACCAAAAUGUCCUUCAGCAAGUAAAUGAAUAAACAAUCUGUGUGGUACAUCCAUACAAUGGAAUAGUACUCAGCAAUGAAAAGACGUGAACUACUGAUACACACACAACAGCACAGGUGAAUCUCAAUUGCAUUAAAUGUAGUGUAAGAGGUUAAAAGGCUACAUACUGUAUGAUUCCAUUUAUAUGGAAAAGGAAAAAUUUAUUGGAAAAGGCAAAACUAUAGAUAUGGAGAAGAGGUCAGUGGUUGCCUCAAAGAAGAGUUUGACAACAAAUGUCAGGAGGGAACUUUUUUCCAUUUUGAUGGAAAUAUUAUAUAUCUUGAUUGGGGUAGUGUCUAUAUAACUAAGAAUUUUUCAAUGGUUAGUCUUACUGAUUAUAAAUUAUACUUCAAUAAAAUGAUGUACAUAUUACUGAGUUUAUGACACUUCUUUUGCUUAUUAUGAAUUUUCUUAAUUAGCUUGUACUAAAAGCUUAUCACUUGGGAAGGUAUAAAAGGUUUUGUUGUUAAAAGGUGUGUAAAUGUGAUACUGUAUUACAUUUAUUUACUCUUACAUCUUUUUCUUAACACUUUAGGAGGAGAUAGUUUGACAUUUUAUAAUACAGUAUAUUUUCAAUACAAUGUAAAUUGGAUUUUUAGGUGUUUAUUUAAAAAUACUUUCCAUUUAGACUAGAAAUCUGAAACAUUUAUGUUUUAUAAUUAAUAGUGACUAACUGGAAACAAAGAAAAAUUGUAUAUGCUAAUAAAUCUACAGUGGAAAUACUCUUGUUUAAAAUUUUCUUUUUUAGAUUUCAGAAAGGGAAGAACUGUCAGCUCAAAAACUUGUGUUUUUUACUGGCACAUCCAAUAUAAUGUGUAAUCAACACAGUUUAACUCAGUAAACAUUAAUUGAGGGCCCUCCACACUCUGCGCUACUAAGCUUCGAUGCCUUUCUGCAUUAUCUUCUUUCCACCCAGAGUUUCCUUCUCUCUCCACUUUUAUAUGCCUACAAAUUACUUAUUCUUCAACAUUCAGCUCCAUCUUUCUGAGUUCUUACUGAACCUCCGAUUGAAAACGUCUUAUUCAUUUUAACCCACUCUCUUCCCCUAGCUCUUUUCUGCCUUGAACAUAAUCAUCAUCUUAACAACAGUUUUUUGCUGGGCACAGUGGCCCACACCUAUAAUCCCAACACUUUGAGAGGCCGAGGCGGGUGGAUUACUUGAGGUCAGGAGUUCAAGACCAGCCUGGCCAACAUGGCGAAACCCCGUCUCUACUAAAAAUACAAAAAUUAGCCGGACGUGGUGGCACAUGCCUGUAGUCCCAGCUACUUGGGAGGCUGAGACAUGAGAAUUGCUUAAGCCUAGGAGGCGGAGGUUGCAGUGAGCUGAGAUCACACCACUGCACUCCAGCUUGGGCGACAGAGUGAGACUCUGUCUCAAAACCAAAACCAAAACAAAACAAAAAAUGGGAAUACAUUUACCAGAGGUUUGCUAGGUGUGUUCUAUGUUAAUUUCAUUUAUUCAUCACAAUACCAUGCCAUGCAGGUAGUUUUGUUUGUUUGUUUUAUAGAGAUAGAGUCUCACUGUCACCCAGGCUGGAGAGCAGGGGUAUGAUAGUUCAUUGCAUCCUCAACCUCCUGGGCUCAGGCAGUCUUCCUGCCUCAGCUUCCAAGUAGCUAGGACUAUAGGUGUGUGCCAUCAUGCCUGAUUCAGGUAGUUUUAUUCCUGUUUUACAAGAGAGAAUGAUAAGAUUCAUGAAGGUUAACUAAUUUUCCCAAAGCACACAAUUUAGAAAAUGAAGAUCUGGAAUUCCAGCCCAGAUCGACUUGAUUGCAAAGCUGUUGCUCCUUUCCUUAUGUAAUGCUAUUUAUUGAAUAAGCAUUUAAUAAAUAUUUAUCGUGUGAUAAACAGCUUGUUGACAAGAGCUGCCUUUAUCAUCUCUGUAUUCCCCGGACUGAUUAUUUAAUAUUCCAAAGAAAGUGAUAUAUGGGAUAGUGUUGUGAUUUGUUUUUAAGAUAUGUUAUCUGUUUCUUAUUUAAGAGAGCUUGUUUCUUAUUGUAGCACUGUGGUGAUCAGUAAAUGUUCAUGGAAUUGAAUUUGAUGAUUACAUCAUUUGCUGUUAACCCCAAACAACAUUUAAUUCUGUUAUUUAGUAAUAAGAUGGAAGAAGGAAGGGAAGAGAAAAAUGAGAGUAUUUCAUUACAAUCAUUUUUCCAUUACUGUCUCUUUUUAAUGUAGACAGUCAUGCAAACAGCCACAGUAGACUAAUCUAAAGUGAUUUUUAUUUGCUUUUCCAAAAGAUUGAUUUUUUUUAUAGUAUUAGAUAGAUUUUUAUUCUUUGAGGACAAAAUAGUUGAACAGAGGGUAGGGACAGCCGAGAAUAUGCCCAAGGGUGGGGAAAAUUAAAUCAGCUUAGAUAUUAGUUCAUGGGCAAUCUUUUUG